CGUAAUUUCCUACCGACAUAAGGUAGUUUGGUUAGCUGCUAAAAUGAGUCUGUUUUUGCCCAAAUUAACUUGUAAAAAAGACAUUGAUGAAGUCAUCAAAUGCGUUGCGGAGAAAGUCCUCGUCUUGAGGUUUGGCAGAGACGAAGAUUCGGUUUGUCUCCAGCUCGAUGAGAUAUUGUCAAAAACCGCCCACGACCUCAGCAACAUGGCGUCCAUCUACAUCGUGGAUGUGGAAAAAGCUCCAGUCUAUACGAGAUACUUCGACAUCAGUUACAUCCCCUCCACUGUUUUCUUUUUCAACGGGCAGCACAUGAAAGUGGAUUAUGGCUCCCCAGAUCACACCAAGUUUGUCGGCAGUUUUAAGACGAAGCAGGAUUUCAUUGAUCUGAUCGAGGUCAUCUACAGAGGAGCCAUGCGGGGGAAGAUGAUUGUUCAGAGUCCCAUAGAUCCUCGGAACGUACCCAAGUAUGAUCUGCUCUACCACGGAAUUUAGACUCAUCAGUGCGCCCACAGGAGGACAUGAGGACAGAUGUGUAACAGAGGAGGACCCAUUGGAUAGGGCAAGAUGGAAGCAGAUGAUCUGCUCUGGCGACCCCUGAAGGGAGAGACACCUUAAAGAAGAAGAAUGGGCCCACUGUUUGUGUGUGUGUGUGCGCGCGCUUUUUGAUCACAGUGUUUUCGUUCUGGCUGGCAUCUACUACUUUUUCAAUAGAAGCUAAACAAGACAUGACCCUUGACCUGGAUAUUAAGACAAACUUUGUUCACAGCGCACAAAACACUUCACUCAAAGCUCAUGUGCCUGUGAUCUUUGUUAAGAUUGAACUUUGAGACCUGACUAAUACAUGCAGUGGCAUGGGAUUUACCCAUAUUUUAAUUUAUUAACAAUAGGACAUUUUUACUUUUGUGGUUUUCUCUUAUCGCUUUAUGUUUGAAAUGUGAAAAUGUCUCAAAAUAUUUCCUAUGGAAAUUAGCUAUAUAUUAAAGGUCUACUUAAGUCAUUAUACUCACUCUGCUGUGAUAAUAAACUUUUGUAUUUUACAAGAACCAUUAA